CCCCGGGCUCCCAACAUUGGCUGCUGGGCUAAAGUCUCAAUGGGCUGCGCCCCCACCCAGUAUUGCCAACCCCCCGGGUUCAGAAAUGCGUCAGCCCCCCUCUCCCCUCUCCCACGCUAGGGUGUCCCAUUUUGUCCAGGACAGUCAGUCCCCUGUUUAAGCCCAGUCCUGGACAUCCCGACCUUUUUUGGCAAAACUGGGCAUUUGUCCCAGCCCAAGCCACAACUUCAAAGUGCUGUCUACACAGCUAUUGUUAGAGCCCUAGCGUGAACCCUGCAAACUCGAGUCUGUUGACCCAGGCUUGGAGCCCCGCUGCUGUGGCCUGUGUAGAAGUACCCGAAGUGACCUUUUUUCAUAGGUGCUGGCUAAUGCUCAGGCCAGUGUGACCUGGGUACUCAGCACCUUUGAAAUCAGGUAACUUAAUCUGGGUUUAGAAGCUUCACUUUAGGUUUCCACUUUGAAAAAUCUUGGCCUAAGUCUUUGGCCUGGUCUACACUAUGACUUUAAUUCGGAUUUAGCAGCGUUAAAUCGAAUUAGCCUUGCACCCGUCCACACAACAAAGCCAUUUAUUUCGAAAUAAAGGGCUCUUAAAAUCGAUUUCAGUACUCCACCCUGACGAGCGGAGUAGCGCCAAAAUCGAUAUUGUCAUUUCGAAUUAGGGUUAGUGUGGACGCAAUUUGAUGGUAUUGGCCUCUGGAUGCUAUCUCACAGUGCACCAUUGUGACCGCUCUGGACAGCAAUCUGAACUCAGAUGCACUGGCCAGGUAGACAGGAAAAGCCCUGCAAACCUUUGGAUUUUAUUUCCUGUUUGCCCAGCGCGGAGAGCACAGGUGACCACAGAUAGCUCAUCAGCACAGGUAACCAUGCAGGCCGAUAAUCGAAAAAGAGCACCAGCAUGGACCGUACAGGAGGUACUGGAUCUGAUCGCUAUAUGGGGAGAGGAUUCAGUGCUAGCAGAACUUCGUUCGAAAAGACGAAAUGCCAAAACUUUUGAAAAAAUCUCCAAGGGCGUGAUGGAGAGAGGCCACAAUAGGAACUCAGAUCAGUGCCGCGUGAAAGUCAAGGAGCUCAGACAAGCCUAUCAAAAAACAAAGGAGGCAAACGGUCGCUCCGGGUCAGAGCCGCGGACAUGCCGCUUCUACGCCGAGCUGCAUGCAGUUCUAGAGGGGGCCGCCUGCACUACCCCACCUCUGACCGUGGAUUCCGAGGCGGGGAUAAUCUCAUCAGCUACACCUGAGGAUUCUGCGGACGGGGAGGAGGAGGAGAAGGAGGACGAGCUUGCGGAGAGCACCCAGCACUCCGUUCUCCCCAACAGCCAGGAUCUUUUUCUCAGCCUGUCUGAAGUACCCUCCCAACCCGCCCAAGCCAGUAUCCAUGACCAUGACCCCAUGGAAGGGACCUCAGCAGCUACAAAUUUUUCAAGCCUCCCUCCUCCGUCCCGAAGGCUAUCUCAAAUAAGGCGUCAGAAAAAGAAGACGCGAGACAACGUGAGGAGAGGAGAGACGCUCGAGAUGAGAGGUGGCGGCAGGAAGAUCAGAGGAGGCAGGAUGCAAUGCUGGGGCUGCUGCGUGACCAAACAGACAUGCUCCGGCAUCUGGUGGAGCUUCAGGAACGGCAGCAGGAUAACAGAGUGCUGCUACAGCCCCUGUAUAACCCCCCUCCCCAUGUUCCAUAGCCUCCUCACCCAGACGUGUAAGAACGCGGGGCGGGGGGGGGAGGGGCUCCGUACACCCUCCCAUUCCACCCCAGUGGACAGCCCAAGCAAAAGGCUGUCAUUUUUUUAACCUUUUUUUAGUGGCCUUUUCCUUCCCGCCGAUCCUCCUCCCAAAUCCCACCUGGGUUCUCUCCCUCUUUUUAUAAUCAAUUAAUAAAGAAUAAAUGAUUUUUAAA